UGGAAGACAAAAAGAAAAGGCAGAGGGGGAGGGAAGAAAGGGUUUCUUUUUCUAAACACCAGAGGCAUAAACCCAACAAACAACCUGCAAAAUACAGAAAAUUCAGGCACAAGGCUACAUGACGAUGAACACGUCAGGGCUUCAGGCCAACGACGGGCAGAACGUGAAAGAGCUGGACACCAUGAAGGAAUCUAUCAGUGACAUUAUCAACCAGCUUCAAGACAUCGACCCGUCCAGGCUCUCCUUCUCCCCUUUCUUGGACCUGGAUACUCAGAUCUGCAUGGCACCCGUGUCAGACAGCCCAGAGUCUUCGGUGGAGGAGCUGCGCUCAUCCUCCGGAUCCCAGGGCUCUCUGGAACCGCCUCCAUUGGCUGAAGAGACAAAGAGCCUCUGUCUCCAGCAACCAAACAAUGGCCUUCACGAGGCAGAAGUGAAAUCUGGAAUGUACCUGAUGUCUCUUUCCACUCCAAUCACCGCAAAGCACAAUUUGGCCACACCAGUGGAAAUCUGCCUUGGCGGUCCAACCAUGUCUUCUGUAGACAUCCCCAAUGGCAAUGACAGAAGGAAAUUGAGCUCUGAACCCCUUCAACCUGACGGUUUUUCAGAUGAGGCCCAAGCCCUGGUUGAUGCACCCCCAGACAGUGUAGAGCUGUCAGUGUGGAGCCCAGAAGGUGGGCUGGACACCACAGCAGACACACACGAGGCGUCCGCACGUGGUCGGCGCUGCUGCUCGGGUAAAUGCUGUAUGCGAGGAAGAGUCUGCGCAUUUCUUUCAAUGCUGGCCUCAUUCUUCUGUGCACUCGGGAUUCUCCAUGCACUUGACACCUAUGUCGUCGUCAUUCUCCCCGACUGCUCCUCUGACACCUGCCGGGUCAUCUUCACUCUCUGUUGCUGUGCGGUGGCCACCGUCCCCAUCCUGCUCGUAAUGAUCUUAGGUGCAGUGUGCCGCUUUUGUACCGCCUCAUUUGGCUUGCAGGAUGCACCUUCCAAAAGACACGUGAUUCAGCAGCUGUUUGUCACUUCAUCCUUGGAGUUGUUGUUCCUCUACACUCUCAACCUCGUUGUCUUGGCAGUCUUGGUUCCUAAAGAUGAACUUAAGUUAGUACCAUUGCUGAUGGUCAUGUUCAUUCUGGGCAGGCUUGUAUACUGGGCCAGCCUGAAUGUGUGCCGCUCCAUGCGAGGCUUCGGCUCCGGCCUGACUGUCUUCCCACUCAUCGCCUUGGUGGUUCGAAAUGCGAUUCUGAUAUACACCAUGUUCCCGAGAGAGCCGUUAUUUGCCUUUGAGAUCCCGUCAAUCCAGACAGUGGUGGCCACUGAAAUCCCAGACUCUCAAUUAACACGUGUGCACUCCUUAAGGAAACCUUUUCAAAACUAGUCAUUCCUGUGGUCUGCAGUCCAGGAAAGCUGCAGAGGUUGCCACGAUAACCAUGAGUUCUUGAUGGCUUCACUUAUUUAAAUCCUCCUACUGGACUUUUGAUAAAGAGCUCUUGGCCUGAUGUGGCGGUGGACACCUUAAACCAUGCCCAAUUCCUCCACGUUACAUUCAAGCUAUUCUUUAAAGUUCUUAAAUUUAAAAUGUUCAUACAAUGACAUGAAUAUCAUCCACUAGUUGGUGUGGGCAUUGGGUUGCUUUGACAUAGUUUGGAG